CGCAGUAGAGUUUGGUUCGAUCGAUCGAUCGGUUGACCACGUUAAUAAGACUUGGCGUAAAGCUUUAACGUUGUUUCACAUUAUUUUUUUGUUGUGUGUGUGUGUGUGUUUUUUGUUAACAAAACAAUUAGCAGUGCAUGCUUACAACUCAAAAGUUAAUAACAAGUGCAAACACAAUAAUAACAAAUUCACCUAAGUUAACAACCCGCCCCCGCUCUUCAGACAAAUGAGCGCACGUUUAGCCAUGACACAAACCCAACGCAGCAGAGCAACGUUACAGACGCUAUCGCUGCUGCUGCUGCUACUGCUGUGCUUUAUCAAUAGCAUUUGCUUAGCUGCGCAGUCGCAGCCCUCGCCACGUUUUUUCUAUGCUGCUGCCGAGGCGCAGAGCAAGGUGCGUGCGCAGCGCCAAACCGCCAGCAGCGGCAGCGCCAGCAGCAAUGCAGCAGAGGUGGAGGCGUCAAGCUGUUGUCAAGGCGCAGCAGCCGCUGCAGCCGAGCCUGUUACGGUGUCUGUUCAGCUAAGCAAUGUGACUGCAGAUUAUGGUGAAGCCGACGGAUCCGGCGAAUACUCAUCCAGAGAAACCUACAAACGCAGCGUGGAUCGUGCCAUAAAGUUUGCAAGUCCGGCCAGAUGCUCGCCGCAGCCGACGAUAGUGGAACUGAAGCCCUCGUCGGAGGGCGAUCAUACAUCGGGGAAUGUUUACUUUUCGCCCGCGUGCACGCGCGUGAAUCGUUGCAAUGGCUGCUGCGGCUCCACGCUCAUCUCAUGCCAGCCCACGCAGACUGAGUUGGUGAAGAUGAGAGUGCGCCAAAUGAAGGAUGGAGUACGCGAUGGCUUCGCGAUCGUCGAUGUGGAGCAGCACUUGGACUGCAAAUGCGAUUGUCGCAUCAAGGCCGAGGACUGCAAUGCGUAUCAGGAAUAUCGCAAGGAUCUGUGUCGCUGUGAAUGCCAAAACACCGAUGCGCGUCAGAAGUGUCUCGAGCAGUCGGAGCACAAGUAUUGGGACGAUGCGAACUGUACCUGCGUCUGUCGCUACAAUCAAAGCUGCACCACCGGCACCGUCUUCGAUGAGACGCUCUGCAAAUGCACAGACCGUCUGCCUUGGCACAAUGCAACUUAGCAACAUAUGCAUUUAGUUUAUCAAAUGGUACUUAAAUUAAAAAAAAAAAAAAAAUAACAUAAACACAAAACUCGACAAUAUUUAAACCCUCUGUAGACUUUGUGCUGUCGUGUCGUAUACUUAUUAUAAACAAAUUAUUUCAAAGGCAGCUUUAACUUUUAAAAAUUUCAUUUAUAUAUAUGAGCAUUAAUGUGGCUCGAUUUGGGCACAAAAAACACUAAUAAUGAUACCCCAUAGUCAAAAUCUAUUCUAAAUUCUUAGAUGAAACACUUUAGAAAGCUUCAACUUUUUUAUUGAUUUCACUUUAACCAU